AUGAUCGUCGCUGCAGGACUCAGAUUGACGGUGGCGGGGUUCGGUGAUGGUGGGUUUUUGCCCGAUGGUGGUGCGAUGAUCCGUCGGAGCUACGGCACCGUGUUAGGGCUCCAACCCUGGCUACGUCUGGCCAAUAAUCGAAAGUGGCAGUGGCUAUGGUAUUUUUUAAUUCAAUUUUUUAGUGGUGGUUGCGUUGUGGUGGCGGAUCUGCGCGGUUGUGACGAUGGUGGUGGAUCUGGUGGGUUGGGAUGCGGUGGUGGUUUUGGCUGCGGGGGUUUCGACGGUCCCCGAAGCGGUUUCUUGGCCGGAAGUUGUUGUAAACGACGUCUCAUUCCAACCAUACUCUGCGUUGACGGAAUGAUGUCUCCAAUAUACAAGAAAUACGACAGUGCAGAUUAUUUUGACUAUGAAUUUGAUUGCCAGGCAGAUUUAAACAGGUAUUUUCUGGAAGAAGCAAAGAGGACUGAAUGCCAAGGGAAUUUAAAGACUGAACCUAUUGAAAAAGUGGGAAUUAAGGGACAAUUAGAUGGGGAGAAAAAGAACAGAAAAUCAUGGAAAAAUUCCCUGUUUUCCUGGUUGAAACCCGACAAGAAGAACAAGUCCGUCGUGCAGCAAUCUCCAAGAAAGGGCACCAUCGAUUCUGAGCUGAGGCGAGGUCCUUUCUCGGGUCCAGUUCAUGCAAUUGAAGGUGGCGGCAUUACUGGCACACCCCAGAAGCCAACAUCGGGACACAUCACCAGUCUUUUUAGCUCAAGCAAGAGAGUCGAGGACGAGGUGCCCUAUGUGUCUCUUGGCCAGCUUAACAAUGCUCAAGAUGUUCAAUCUUAUGGACCUGUUUACUUGGUGACUUAG